UGGAGCACACGGGAAGCGCUGGUCAUGUGAGGCUGGAGGUCAGUGUCAUGGCGGCGCAGUGUGCAAUGUUCUGUGCUCGGCUGAGCCCGGGAAGAAUAACUGGGGGUCUCCUCGUCUCCUGCAGGGUUGUUAAUCGUCCGGGUAACACAUGGUGGAGCGGCGCCUGUUCCGCACGUUUACUGAGUACACUUCCCCCUCCUCCUCCAGGAUACAGGCAGAAGGAGUCAAAACCAGGGCCUGUGUCCUGGAAGUCUCUGGCCAUCACUGUGGCAGUGGGCGGAGCUCUGAUGGCCGGCAUGAAGUACGUUAAAAAGGAGAAAGAGGAAAAGAUCGAGCGGGAGAAGAACCGGUCGCUGGGGAAGCCAUUACUGGGUGGACCAUUCUCUUUAGUGGAUCACAAUGGGCUUCCUAAGACAGAUCAGCACUUCCUGGGCCAGUGGAUCCUGCUGUACUUCGGGUUCACGCACUGUCCUGACAUCUGCCCUGAAGAGAUCGAGAAGAUGAUAGAAGUUGUGGACCAGCUGGAAGCCCUUGAAGAGGUUCCGACCCUUACUCCUGUGUUUAUUACUGUGGAUCCGGAACGGGAUGAUAAGGAUGCUGUUGCCAAAUAUAUUAAAGAAUUCUCCCCAAAACUGUUGGGUCUGACCGGCACCGUGGGGCAGAUCGAGCAAGUGGCCAAGGCGUACCGGGUGUAUUUCAGCCCAGGACCAAAGGAUGAUGACAGCGACUACAUUGUGGACCAUAGCAUCGUCAUGUACCUUGUGGGACCAGACGGCAGCUUUGUGGAUUAUUAUGGACAGAAUAAGACGAGUUCAGAAAUCACAGCCUCUAUAGCUCUUCAUAUGAAGCGAUUCCAGAAGGCGAGAUAGCGCCACGCCCGGCCUCCAUCUUUACUGUGGAGAAGACCUUCCAAGGUGGCAGCUGUUUGAUUAUACGCCUCAUUAUAUUGGUUUCCCUUUAUAUACUGCACUCUUACUGCUGCUAUCAGCGGUGACUGUAAAUUAUUAUUUUGAUUAAAUGAAAAUGAUCCAGAGGUUUGAUUU